CUAUAAACCGUUCGACAUAUAAUCACUUGUGACACUCACGCUUCGCUUCUAUUUGAUUCUUCCAUUUCUCUCUUUCUUCUUCACCAUUUCAUUCUUCAUUCCCACGCACCAGAGAUGACGUCGGCGAAACGCACCGCCGUCGUGUUCCUCACCACACUCGUCAUCUUCCUCGCCGUGUCCUCCACCGUGGAAGGGGAUGACAACACGAAGACACUGGUGAAGUACAAGCACGGGAAGAAGUACUGUGACAAAGGCUGGGAAUGCAAGGGCUGGUCCAUCUACUGUUGCAACUUGACCAUCUCCGAUUACUUCCAGGUCUACCAGUUCGAGAAUCUCUUCUCCAAGAGGAACACGCCGGUGGCUAACGCUGUUGGAUUCUGGGACUACCACUCAUUCAUCACCGCUGCUGCUCUUUUUGAGCCUCAGGGCUUCGGUACCACCGGGAAUAAGACGCUUCAGAUGAUGGAGAUCGCUGCUUUCCUUGGACACGUCGGCGCCAAGACCUCUUGUGGUUAUGGAGUGGCAACCGGAGGACCUUUGGCCUGGGGUCUUUGUUACAACCAUGAAAUGAGUCCUAGUCAGAAAUAUUGUGAUGAAUAUUACAAAUUAACGUACCCCUGUACUCCUGGUGCUGAUUAUUAUGGACGUGGGGCCAUUCCUAUUUACUGGAACUACAAUUAUGGUGCAGUUGGAGAAGCCUUGAAGGUGAACCUACUGGACCAUCCAGAAUACAUUGAGCAGAAUGCAACACUUGCUUUCCAGGCUGCAAUCUGGAGAUGGAUGACACCAAACAAGAAGUACCAACCCUCUGCCCAUGAUAUCUUCGUCGGAAAAUGGAAGCCUAGCAAGAAUGACACCAUGGAGAAAAGGAUUCCUGGAUUUGGCUCCACAAUGAACGUUCUCUAUGGGGAGAGUGUUUGUGGACAAGGUGAUAUUGACCCAAUGAACGUGAUCAUUUCCCAUUACCUCUAUUAUCUUGACCUUCUUGGUGUUGGUCGAGAAACAGCUGGCCCCCAUGAAUUCCUUUCGUGUGCUGAGCAGGUUGCUUUCAACCCAUCUACCAAAGCUGCAUCAUCUUAAAUUAGAUAAUAUUUACUAGCAUAUGUUAUUGUUGUGCCAAUCCGUUUCGAAAUGGUAAGGUAAUAAGGGUUCUUAAAAGUUAUUGGUAUGCAAUAAUUUUUGAAAUGUGUGGCAGUGUGUGGAUUCUUUAUAGCUUUUUUCAUUGUGCAGAAGUAAAGUCAUUUGUAAUAUCACACUUCUUGAAAAAAUCUGUAUCUGGUAUAUAUUCAUGUUAAGGGCGAUUUUGUUAUUAAUAUUCAUUCCUUGGUUGCAGAUGUUGUAAUGUAAAAUUGAACUGGAUUGUUUAGAACAAAUCUACUGUGGCUUUUUUAGUGGUGAAAGAGAGUGUUAUUGUGAA